CCCACGGCCUUCAGGCGGCCUUACGCGGCCCCGGCAGAAAGGAAAAGAUUUUACCAAAAGGUUAGCAUCUCCCAAGGAGAAAGUGGCUUUGAAAUCAACUUGGACUACCGGAAGCUGAAAACUCCCCAAGCUAAGCUCUUCACGGUGCCCAGUGAAACCCUGGCUUUGGCUGUGGCAACUGAGUGGGAUUCUCAGCGGGACACUAUCAAGUUUUAUACGAUGCACCUGACCACAUUGUGCAACACAGCUUUGGACAACCCAUCCCAGCGAAGCAAAGAUCAGCUCAUCCAGGCAGCUGUGAAGUUCUUGGAGACAGAUACUAUCUGCUACCGGGUAGAGGAGCCACCUGCCUUGGUAGAACUGCAGAAGAACGAGUGGGAUCCAGUAAUUGAGUGGGCUGAGAAAAGGUACAACGUUGUGAUUGGCUCCUCAACGAGCAUCAUGGGCCAUAGCCUCCCACAAAGCACAAAAGACACCUUCGCUAGCCACCUCGCCUCAUACAACAGCUGGGCCCUUCAAGGCAUAGAGUACAUGAUAACACAGCUGAAGUCUCUGAUUCUUUCAAUGAGCCUGGUUGACAAACAUCUAACAGUUGAGCAAGCUGUCCUUCUAUCUCGGCUGGAGGAAGAAUAUCAGAUUCAGCGCUGGGGGAAUGUGGAGUGGGCCCAUGACUACGACAGGUAUGACUUGAGGGCCCGCACAGCUGCUGCCACCCUUUUUGUUCACCUUUGCUUAGAACAUUCCACCAUCAAGCACAAGCUGCUUCAGCACUGAGGAACUGGGAUACAGAAGAAGGGGGAGUGGGUAGUGUGAAUGAACCUGAAGAAGAUUCAGGCUGAAUGGAUGGUGGAGAGGUGCUGUUGGCAUGGCUGGGCUGCAUCCUCAGCUUCUCGGAUACUAGGAGGCUGAAGCAUGAGGGGGAGCGCUUCUCUUCCAUAUCCUUGGAGGUCGAUCCUCCCAGGAGGUUAUUAGGAGUUGCUUCCUGUCUGGCCCACCUGGGCUUGUCACCUCUGAUGAGAUUUCCCUGCAUCACAAGUUCUGCAUUUUGCCUGGCAGGCUGCCAGAUUUCAGGAGCAGAGCGCUGGAAUACUCAGUGAGCCUCCCAAAAUGGGUGGAGGGCCGUAUGCUCUGUCCUGGAGGACAUGUAACUAGAGGCAGUUAGAGGUGGGAAUAUAUCACGGCAAUUGAGCAUCUCUACUAAGACUGAAGACACUCUAGCUACAGUCCCCAGCAUAGGAGCCAAGGGCUCCAACAUGCCACCAACAUCUCCUUUGAUGACCACAAAGAUUCUACUCCCCUUCCCAUUAAAUUUAAGAGGGAUCAUAAUGCAGAUCAAAAUGGCAGGAUCCACUGCCAUCUUUAUUUUGAAGAACAUCUUUAGGUGCCAACUUAGCCCCGUAAGUUUUCUUAGAAAAUAAAAAAUGGGCGGUAAUUACAACUGAGUGCAUUGUUUGGAAGUAUGCCUUGAAGACAGACAAAAAUAAGCUGAUACAUUUUGCUCUUUUUAAAAGAAAAUAUCUGUAUCUGUUUUAUUCUAAUGUUGAUCAUUAAACAUUUUGGGGAUAAUGGA